CUAUCUAUCAGAGGGCAGAGCAACAACAAAAAUGCAACUCCAAACCCAAUCCUUCGCUCUCACUCUUCUCCCAUCUCCUAAUUUCGCCAAACCCACCGAGAGACGCGAAUUCAUCUCUCUCAAACGAGACCCGUCUCGUCCAAUUUCGCUCCGAUGCUCCGUUUCCACGGCUUCGGAUACUCCGUUGACGGCGACCCAUCAUCUCUCCGCUUCCACCCACAAGCCCUUUCCGGCGGAGGUUUCGAGGAGUAUCAUGGAGCUUUCCUCCGUUGGAACUCUCUCCACUUUGACCCACGACGGCUGGCCUCUCGGCGUUGGAGUUCGCUUCGCCGUUGACCAAGAUGGCACUCCUGUUCUUUGCCUCAAUCGCACUUUCUCUCCUGACAAGAGGUCUGCUCUUCAUGUUCAGUUAGAACAAUGUGGAUUGAGAACUCCUCAGUGUACGAUACAAGGUAGCAUUAGUCGCCCAGGAGACGAUCUUGUUCUAAAGCGCCUUAGUGCUACAUGGAGGAAAAAGUUUGGCGAAGAAGUUGAGGAGGACAGUUUAUAUGUUGUAGCAGUUGACCGUGUACUCCAAAUGGAAGACUUCAUGGAGGACGGGAUCUGGGUGGCGUCAUCAGAUUAUAAAAGUGCAAGUCCUGAUCCUCUUCGAGAUGUUGCAGAAGAUAUUGUCAACCAGAUCAACACUAACAACAUGGAAGACAUUUUCCGAUUCUGCAACGUAUACGUGGAUCUAGACUUUGUGGUUUCAGAAACAAAGAUGAUUUGGAUGGAUAGGCUUGGAUUUGACCUCCGAGUAUGGUCUCCACGAGGUAUAUAUGAUGUGAGGAUUCCGUUUCCAAUGGAAGUAACAGAUGAAAAGGGAGCAAAAUCAUCCUUCAAUGGAAUGUCACAGCUCGCUUGGGAAGUAGAGAAAAGCUAUUGCCCUGCAGAAUUUAACAAGGUCAAACUACUUAAGCAAGUAGUAGGAUCAUCACACAAGGGAGGACAUUAACGAUUCUAUUGACUUUUUUUUUGCUGUUGUUGUCCACAUUAUUCUUUGUUUACUAGUUUAUGCAACAAUUGGGCAUUGGCUCUCUGUUGUAUCUCAUGGAUGAGUAUCUGUUUUAAAGUAAAUAGGACAUGCACCAAACAUGAUAUAAGAUUUUUGUCCAAUAGGAGUUAUUAUCCAAUUGUUUAAUUAUC